CCAAGUCAAUCCCUAUCUUCUUCUACUUUUAGAACUACCGCGUCGCGUUGAGAUCGAGUUGUCAUGUUUCGAUCAAAUGCAUGGGUUGGUGUGGCUAAUUAUUUUUCAGGUUGAUCCCACACUCAUUAUUGGUAAGAAACAAAAGAACUUGGUUUUGAGAUUUUUGGUUUAAGUGUUUGAGGCCCCCUUGCCGAAUCUUUCUCCUUAAACCCCAUUCUGGAACUUCAACCAUUCAUUUAAUCCUCUCCAGCUAUCUCAAUAUAGAUACAUUUGCUAUUCAUAUUUAAAUCAUAAGGAAAGAUGUCUCGGUAUCUUGUUGAAUUGGUUCAAAAUAAUUUGGAUUCAACUGGGGAUGUGAUGAGUGCGAUAAUGCCUUUGAUGAAACUCUUGGCCCUGACAGUUAUUGGAUUGGUUCUCGGUUACCCAAAGACUCAAAUGAUACCGAGAGCUACAUUUAAGCUCCUCAGCAAGCUUGUUUUCGCAUUAUUUUUGCCCUGCCUAAUCUUUACCGAACUAGGCGAAUCAAUUACGCUUGAAAACUUUGUUCAGUGGUGGUUUAUUCCAGUUAAUGUGUUGGUGAGUACACUUACAGGUUCCUUGCUUGGGUACUUGGUGGUAAUUAUAUGUCGUCCGCCCCCAGAUUUGAGAAGAUUCACUGUCAUCAUGACUGCGUUUGGGAAUACAGGAAAUCUCCCGCUAGCUGUGGUUGGAUCUGUUUGUCAUACUGAGAAAAAUCCAUUUGGACCUUAUUGUCACUCGAGAGGAGUGGCUUAUGUCUCUUUUGCCCAAUGGGUUGCUGUGAUUCUUGUUUAUACCUUUGUGUAUCAUAUGAUGGAACCGCCAUUGGAGUAUUAUGAGGUUGUUGAGGAAGGAGCUGAGAUUGAGGAAUCGAAAGAUGACAGAGGUCCAGAUCUCAGUAGGCCUUUACUUGUCGAAGCUGAAUGGCCUGGUAUGGAAGAUAAAGAAACUGAGCAUUCCAAGACACCCUUUAUUGCUAGGGUUUUCCAAAGCAUCUCACAUGGUUCACAGCCCGGUAUUCCAGAUGGUGAUCUCGCUGUGGAAAGCGGUGGAAACAGUCCCAGGUCCAUUAGGUGUUUGGCCGAACCAAGGGUGGUUAGGAGGAUCCGAAUUGUUGCUGAACAAACUCCAAUCAAGCACAUACUUCAACCCCCAACAAUUGCUUCACUAAUGGCAAUCAUUAUUGGGACAGUGCCUCAGUUGAAAGCUUUUGUCUUCGGACAUGAUGCUCCACUAUCCUUCCUCACAGAUAGUUUAGAGAUUUUAGCUGGUGCUAUGGUGCCUUCUGUGAUGCUUAUUCUUGGGGGUAUGCUUGCAGAGGGACCAAAUGCAUCUAAACUUGGCCUUAGAACUACAAUUGGUAUAUCCGUGGCAAGGCUCUUAGUGCUUCCUCUGGUGGGAAUCGGUAUUGUGGCAUUGGCUGAUAAGCUCAAUUUUCUCGUUGAGGGCGACAUAAUGUACAGGUUUGUACUUUUGAUGCAGUACACGACCCCAAGUGCAAUUCUAUUGGGAGCAAUUGCCAGUUUGAGGGGAUAUGCAGUUAGUGAGGCUUCGGCGCUUCUAUUCUGGCAGCAUGUGUUUGCUCUCUUCUCCCUUUCCUUGUAUAUUGUUAUCUACUUUAAACUGAUAACAUACAUAUGAUGAUUGCAUAAGAUGGAUUGGUGAUCUUUAUCAGUGAUCUGCUUGAAUGAUAGUCCUUAUUGGCUUA